AUGUCUUCAUUAUCAUCAUCUUCUUCAAGUGCACCAACACCAACGAGUUCAUCAACAUUAUUAAUGGGCGCGCCGACAGAUUAUCGUCGUUUACCAAAAUGUCCGCGUACAGCAAGUGCCAUAGCGCAACGGAUUAUAGAAGCAGCCGUGGUUCCUUCCAGUGAACCAGCUACUGUGCCAUUACCAACUCAACUGGACAUGAUCCGUAUUUAUAACGAUAAAAAUGUUUUAUUUUUAGGCGAUAGUGGUGCACGUCGGCGGCUCACGGACUGCAAAGGAGAUUUUGACGGGAUUUUUGCUGAUUUUCAGCUUAAAUUCCCCAAUAUCUGCACGCAAAUUCGUGAAGCAUUUCCAUCUACGUCGACGCACGAUCCGGUAAUCAUCUGGCUACCACCAGCACCAGCUCGCCUUUUAACUGCUAUUGAAGAUGAUCAAUUUCAGUUAUUAGUCAACACUUGCACCAAAAUAAUUAAACAGCAUAAGUUUGAAUUAAUAGAAACGAUGGAACCAUGGGUGGAAAAGCGUAAAGACCUGUACAAUGAAACAACACAUUUUCUUUCACCUGAAGGCGUUCGUAGCCUUACCAUUGCAAUUACAAGACAGGCCCUCAAGAUAUUGGGUGGACCAUUGAUUAUGUAUCCAAUUCCAAUAUUACCACAAUCAUUACUACUUCGUACCAAUCCAAGUAAUAAGAGGAAGCUAAGCGAUUAUAAUAAACGCAAAGACGAUUCAUAAUCACUUCGAAAACUUAAACUAGCUUUUCUUUUGUUAAUAUUUUUGUUAAAUAAAACUUCUUUCUUAUUAUUAUAAAUUUAAUUUCAACACUAAACUGAAAUUCAAAUUAGAUAGGCAUUGAAUAAAAUCGACGAGAAGAAAAAUAUAAUUCUUAAAAAUCCAAAUAUAUCUGGAAUACAUAUAGUAUUUCAAGUAUUUCAAUUAAUUCAAAUGAUAUCUAGAGAUUUGUAAAGUAGAAAUGGUAGUUGGAGUAUUGGAAUUAACUCAAAUCAUAUCAAGAUACUUCUGAAUCUACAGAUUUGUGUACUAGAAAUGGAACUUAGAGUAUUGGAAGUAAUAGGA